CGUACAGGGCACCAGCUCGCUGACGCCGCAGACCUCCCUGGCUCACACAGACACCCCACUAAGCCCUGGACCGAUAGACUCUCAUGCAGCAUGAUACUACGCGAGUACCGUACGAGUACAGAGUAAGCUUGUCAAUCGGCAGUCAUCGGCUCCAUGUCCUCAUUCAGUCGAGAUUAUCGCACACUGCCCAGGGGAACCAACCCCUCUCCAUUGCCAUUGAAAUCCAAGUCCAGGCACCGUCAGCCGAAGCAAACGAGAGUGUUGUGUGAACUGGACAAUUAUAAUAAUAAUACACCGGUAUCCAUUCCUCCUGUCAUUUUUUCCUUUCCCCUUUUCUUACCACGUUGCACAUUGCACCAUUCAAAACGUUCAACCUGACGAAGGCUCUCGAAAGAAAUACCAAACAAAGUCAAACAAAAAAAAGAAAGGAUUGUAUUUUCUUGCCCCCCGCGCUACUGGUAGGCCUUUCGCUGGCUGUCGGUUUCUCGACCUGGAGGACAGUCCAUCUUCUACCAUUGAGCCAUACAUAGCGCUCGCUGCUACGGUACAUUACAGUACGGUACACAGUUCUGCGGAGGUAGAGGAUCCGGAACUUCCUAGGUAGCCUUCGCGUCAUACUUUCUUCUUCCUUUCUUUUUUUUUUUUUUUUUUUUUUCCACCUUCAAGCUAUCAGUAAGAUCUCCUCUAUCCGCUGCGUCCCCAUCCUUUCGGAUCAUUCGGCGUACACGUGGGACCUCUUCAGCUCAUUUCAGAACGAUGGCCACAUUGGUCGCCAGUUCACCCACAUAAUUCCUCUAUCGAUUGCUGAGCUCUCAGACCCGCCCCGUCAACUCGGGGGAAUGCUCCUCAAAGCUCCUUGGGGCUCGCUGUUGGAGAGACCUUGUAGAAAUACUAUUCCCCCCCUUCCUGUACUCCCUCCCAGCCGUAGGAAUUUCCAGGACCUAUCAUAACUUUUCGCUUCUGUACUCGUACAGUCGCGCCCUAUCCUCACCAUGGCCGAAACAUCCCCCCCUCGACACCGCCCAACUGACCUUCAUAUUCACCCCCAGUACUUUGGUGUCCAGUCCGAUAACAUACUCCAGGCGCAGCUUGUCGCCAGUCCUUCCUCCACCGAACCGCUGUCCUACCGGCAAUCGAUAAACUCCGUGUCAUCGUUGAUAUCUUCCCCUACCACCCUUUCUCCCCCUCUAAACAACGAUUUUCAAGCAGGAAUGGCUUUCUGGCCACCAAAGACAUGGCCUACCGGCAGGUCAAAGCAUGUCUCCUCCUCCUCGUCGGAUCUUACCCACGUCCGGCAAGACUCCCUGUCCAAUUUAUCUCCCACCAUAAUCACCCACUCCACUGCACCCCCCAGCACCCAUAGUACCGAUCCUCCCAAAAUACAAACCCAACCACGUUCAAAAACGAGCUUAAUCAGGAGAGUUUCGAAUAAGCUACGAAGAAGGGCAUCACCCUCCGUCCCGAAGGAUUCGGAGGAGCGAAGCGGGCCAGUUCUCGCGCGGCUUCGAAGCGACAGCUUCAAUGGCGGAGAGACCGGACGUCUCGGCAUACAGAAGAAGGACGAGCCUUUCGAUGACAGGGAUUACGAACAAGCUAUUGAGGGAGAGGAAGAUGGAGCGAGGGCCAACACUGGCGUGGAAGCUUCCCACCCAGAUGAGUCGAUCGGGGCCAUUGGAGUUUUGAUACCCGAUGUCUUGAAGGACGGGACGGCGAUGACUAGGGUUACGAGAAAGAAGAAGGCACAACGAAUUUUUUCCAUAGAUCCCACCAGAGUAACCUGGGAUAUUACGAAGCAGUCGUCCGGAUUCUAUAUCGACGAUAUUAAGGAGGUUAGGCUGGGGGCGGAUGCACGAAACUACCGAGAGGAAUUCCAAGUUUCAUCAGAGGUGGAGGACAGAUGGGCCACUAUAAUAUAUGCCGAACCAGAGACCGGGAAGCUUAAGACUCUUCACCUCAUUGCACCUACCGUUGACACACUGGAGCUCUGGGCAGCCACAUUGGAUAUAGUGAUGCAGUACAGGACGGAAAUGAUGGCCGGUUUGUCAAUGCCCGGGGAGAACUUUGUUGAUGCUCAGUGGAGAACUUAUAUGGAGUCUCAGUGUCCCGCAAAAACUCCCAAUUUGAACGACGAGAAGCUGGGGUUUGAAGAUGUGGAACGGCUGUGCCGAAGAUUACACGUCAACUGCUCAAGACAGUUUUUGAAAGACAGGUUUAAGCAAUCCGACAAAGAUAAAUCCGGCUUUCUGAAUUUUGUUGAGUUUCGUGAAUUUGUUCGGUUGUUGAAGCAAAGGGACGAAAUCGUCGAUAUUUGGAAGGACGCGGUCACCGACAGAAAGGCUGGGAUGUCUGUUGACGAAUUUCGUACCUUCCUUAAAGAAGAGCAGAAGGUGGACAUCGACUCCGACCCGAUGUAUAUCGACAAAAUCUUUCGAAAAUUCACCCGGCCGUCUUCAUCCCAACAGCAGGUCACCCAGAAGGAAGGAUCAGCUGUCCGGAUGUCAAUGGACGCUUUUUCCGAUUUCCUUCUGUCUUCAUCCUAUAAUCCCCCAUUGUUCCCCGCGCCACUGGGCAACAACCUCGAUCGACCGCUAAACGAAUACUAUAUAUCUAGUUCACACAACACCUAUCUUUUGGGUAGGCAGGUGGCCGGCGAAUCAUCGAUUGAAGCUUACAUCCGCGUCCUCAAACGUGGUUGCCGGUGCGUUGAGAUCGAUUGCUGGGAUGGUGAUGAUGGUAGACCAAUCGUUACCCACGGCCACACCGGCACCUCCGAUAUUCUCUUUUUGGACGUUAUAACGGCCAUCAAAAAGUACUCCUUCGUUGCUUCCACCCUUCCUGUCAUACUCUCGUUAGAAGUCCAUUGCGAUUUGGAACAACAGGUUGAGAUGGCAAAAAUACUUCGUAGUGUCCUGGGUGACGCGCUUGUUGUUGAGCCUUUCAUGACAAACACGUUAAUUCUACCGAGCCCGGAGGUGUUAAGGAACAAGAUUUUGGUCAAGGUCAAAAGCAGCUCCAAGCAAGACUCGCUAAUGUUAAACAACGACUUCGCUUCGAUGGAGAAACGGGCCUGGGGCGCCAACAAUUCCCAGAACCCUUCAUCUCAGCCCCCCUUUCCUAAGAGUGGCGUGCCAAGCGAGAACAGCAGUUCCACAAGUGAGUCCGAAGGCCAGGAUGAAGGCAAGGUCAAGAGGAGGCAGGAAUCUGUGAAAAUUGCGCACGAAUUAGGUUCUUUAGGCGUUUACGCUAGAGGACAGCGGUUUUCGAACUUUGCGCUGCCCGGUAAGCCCUUUUUUUUAAUUUUAUUUUACACUUCACAUUCCCCGACCGAUGCUGACUAUGGCAUCCCUCCAGAAAGCAAAACCCCCAACCAUGUGUUCUCCUUUCAAGAGAAGAAGUUCGAGAAAUUUGCAAGGGAUCCGGAGAAGAAGGUUCAAUUGGAGAAACACAAUGUUCGGUACCUUAUGCGAGUCUACCCGUCUGGGUUUCGAGUCAACUCCUCGAACUUCGACCCAAUCGGGUUCUGGCGUCGGGGGGUUCAAAUGGCCGCUCUCAAUUGGCAAACUUACGACCUGGGCUUGCAAAUCAACGAAGCCAUGUUUGCUUCUGAGGAAGAUCGUGGCGGAUAUGUUCUGAAACCAAAAGAGCUCCGAGGCUCCAGGACCACGUUCGACCCGCCGGCAGAUGCACAUGCCACAACACUGGCAAAGAACAAGAAAGUGACAACCUUUUCCGUCGAAAUAAUUUCCGCGCAGCAAUUACCAAAGCCGAAGGAUCACAAGGACAAAGGCCUUCAUCCGUUCGUGGUAGUGGAAGUUUUUUCUGCAGAUGACAAGGCGAAGGAUAAGUCGGCAGCCGAAGGUGGGAUUGGGGUUGAUUCAAGCGACGCCAAAGGCAUCAGCGGGCUCGGGGCUCCCCAAAAACGACGAACAAAGGUGGUGAAAGAUGACGGCUUCCACCCCGUGUUCGGAGAGAAAAUGGUCUUUAAAGUCACGACCAAGUUCGAAGAAUUGGUAUUUGUAAGGUUCUCAGUAUACAAUGCGGGUGACGGUGAUUCGAGUGACCGAACGCUCAUCGCUACCUACACCGCGAAACUCCUCUCUCUUCAGCAAGGUAGGAUAUCGCUCAAAAUGCCCCAUGAAGCGUCCAAGGGUGCUAACCUCCAAAAAGGCUACCGACACUUACCCCUUCAUGAUCUUCAAGGAGAGCAGUUUCUUUUUUCAAUGAUUUUUGUCAAGAUCAGUGUCAGCUCGGUCUCGCUGGCCGACCGAGAACCACUCAUGCGGGCGUCAACAAUGGAAGCGUUCAAGUCUACAGCGAAGUCGGUCCUGCAGAGAGGCUUUUCCACCAAUAGGCGUUCGGUGAGACGCUUGGAUGGUGAAAAUAUGGGUAGAAAUGGUGGCCUGGAGCCAACAUCAAAAUCAGGAUAGAUUUGAUUUACUGGGUUACUUGGUUUGGGAUCGUGAUUGGGUUUGGGUUUGGGUUUGGGUUUACAGGCGUUCGAAUAUUCAUUGGUAUGAUAGCACUGCUUUUACCGCUAUCGCCCUAUAAUUCUUCUUUUUUUCUUCUUUUUUUCUUUUCUAUUUUCUUUUUUCCCCUCUCUCCGAUAAGCAGAAGCCCGGCGGAUUAAACCCCUAGUGGUCCCUCCUCCGUACUCUGCAUCUUUGGUCUCCCCUAGGGACGAUGAAUAGUUGUUUGGGCUUUCUAUCCCCCUCCUUCAAAACAUGAACAAAAGGCAUCACAACUUAGGAACAUGGAUAUGCUUGUGGCACAGGGUAUUUAUCCGAAGGUUUGCUCUCUUGGCUGGAACAUCUACCUCAUGUAAUUGGAAGAUUAACACCGGAUUGGAAUCUCCCCCCCCUUUUUUUUUUCCUGUGGUGCGGACGUUGGCAUUCACUUACUCUUGGAUGUUUUUUUUUUCGGUUUACCCUCGCGAGGGCGGCACGUCUGCGGUGGCUCGUAGUCAUAAGCGCUCGCUCGAUCUAAGUCUCGGCUGCGGGCGUUCGUCGGUCCGUCCAUUGAUUCAUUCAGUGCAUUUCACGAUAUCCCCAUCCCUUCUUUAGCGUAACAUACGGUAUCCCGUUGUUCAUCAAGAGUCCCAAAUGAGAAGUGCGCUCCGACCACUCCGACAUGACUCGACCGGCCUGUAGGUCAAUGAGCGCACUCUCGUGAUAUACUCCGUAGUUUCUCCGCAAUAGUGAUGCCAGAAUCCCGCCACGAGAGACGUAGCAACUAUAACACAGAAGCAGAAUACCCAAUACGGCGAUAGUAUCAUACACGACUUAAUCAUAAUUACCCGCACACCGUACUGUACAGUACGAGCACUCGUACAUCACUGCUUGUAGCGGGUUGACGUUUGCGAAACACGACCGGCAUUGCAUACCGCCAAAUUUUAGCCUUUUCCUCUCGGGUCUGGGAGGUACGGUAUGCAAUAGCGAUUUCGUUCGCAAACAUCACCCCAUCACGAUCGUACUGGCGUUGAACGAUAACUCGGCAUCAUGAACCCUCUACCGUACAGUACAGCCCCUGGCUAACCCCUCU